UGCAGGGGGACCCUGACAAUAAUAGUGAAGAGCAGGAGGAAACAAUGGGAUGAGGCUCCAAAGUGCUGAUUUCCAGCAGCAGGAAGGUGGGGAGAAGGCAGGGAAGUGCCCCUAAGGAAUGGGAUCCCGGAGCAGAUCUGCUGGUCAGGGCCAGAGUGGGAACUGGGAACAAGGAUUUUGGGAAUGCAGAGCAGAGGGAGGGGGGUUGCCCUGUCAAUCCUGCGCUUCCUAGAGCCCAGUAACUCCCAAUAUGAGCCCAGUCACCUCCAGUAUAAGCCCAGUUGCUGCCAAUAUAUCCCACUUGCCCAUUCUAUGGUCCCCAGCAUAGUGUUCCCAGUAUGAGUCCAGUAUGAUCCCAGCCCCCCAACAGGGUUCCAGUUACUCCCAGUUGCCCCCAGUGUAGACAUAGUCACUCCCAGUGUUGUCCCAGUCACCACCAGUAUGGUUACAGACGCUCCCAGUGUGGACCCAGCUUCUCUCAGUAUGAUCCCAGUUACCCCAGCUGUGGUCUUACUACUGCAUGCAUCAUUCCAGUAUCUGCCAGUUGAUCCCAGUUGCUCCCAGUGUGUCCCAGGCUGGGUCCCAGCAUGAUCCCAGUAGCUCCCAGCAACCCCAAGUAAGACCUUAUUCACACCCACUGUAACCCCAGUCACUCCCAGUAUGAUCCCAGUUGCUCUCUGUCGAGACCAAUAUAAUCCCAGUCAUCUCCAGUAUGAUCCUAGUCACUGCCCACCACUCCCUGUAUGAUCCCAGUAUGAUGCCAGUCACUUGCAGUCACUCCCAGUAUGAUCCCAGUUGCCUCCAUCGUGGUUGUAUUUGUUCCCAGUAUCAACCCAGUCACUCACAGUGUGAUGCCAUUUGCUCCCAGCAUCGUCCCAGAUGCUGCCAGUCACCCCCAGUAUGAUCCCAGUCACUGCCAAGUAGUUCCAGUACUGUCCCUGUCACUCCCAGUUUCUCCCAGUAUGAGCCCAGUUGCCCCCCACAUGGUUCCAGUUGCUUCCUUUCACCCCCACUGUGGUUCCAGUCACCUCCAGCGUGCUCUCUGUCACUCCCAGUUGCUUCCAGCAUGAUCCCACCGGUACAAGCUAGUUCUUACUUCCUCCUCGUGAGAAUUCAUUUACCAGUCCUAUUCUUUUGAUUUUCAUUCGAAGAUCUCGUGGUUCGGAUGUAACAGUCCACUUUGGGGAAGACAAUUCCACCGGUCCUUUAACCCGCGACGCACGAGUCCAGCCUCUUUCAGCAGUACGAAUUGCUGUAUCUGUGGUAAUAAGAACAACAAAGGGCCCUUCCCAACGAGGGGUUAAUGAGGAUUCCUUCCAGGUCUUUAUUAAUACCUGAUCUCCAAUUUGAGUCUUAUGUAUUGCUAUGUCUAAAGGAGGUCUCUGAGGUACUAAUCCUUCUUUUCUUAACUCCUGUCUUCUCUUCAUUAAUUCAGUUAUACAUUCCCUUAGAAAAGUAUCUUCUAUUUUUGGGUUCUAGAGGGCUACCAAAAUCAUAUGGCAUCCCAUAUAUCAUUUCAAAUGGUGAGAUCCCUGUAUCAGCACGCGGUUGGGUCCGAAUAUACAAUAGAGCUAAUGGUAAACAUUUUACCCAAUUCAUUUUAGUUUCCAUCAUCAAUUUAGUUAAGUGCUUUUUAAUUUCUCCGUUCAUCCUUUCAACUUUACCAGAACUUUGUGGGUGCCAAGGUGUGUGAUACUCCCACUUAGUUCCAAAAAGCUCCGUUGUUUCUUUAAUUAUUUAGAGGUAAAAUGUGGUCCCCUAUCUGAAUCUACGAUGGUUACAAUACCAUAUCUCGGAAUUAUUUCUUCUAAUAAAAUCUUAAUUACUGUUUGGGCCGUACAUCGUGCUACAGGAAAAGCCUCUACAAAAUGAGUAAGAUGGUCUGCUAAUACUAAUAAGUAACAAUACCUCCCUACUUUAGGUAAUUCGGUAAAGUCUGCUUGUAUUUUCUCAAAAGAUCUUUUAGGUAUCUCUCAGCCUCCUUGAAUUCUUUCUCUCAGUUGCCUUUUGUUCACUUUUUGGCAAGUUAUGCAUCCCUCUAGAAUCCUUUUGCAAUUCCAUAUGCCCCAACACAAACAUAUUUGUUUUUGAAUUGAUCUAUUAAGGUUUGUGUUCUCCAAUGUGUUUGUUCAUGUAAUUUAGCCAUAAUCUUUUGAGCAAGGCCCUUUGGGAGUAUUUCCCGACCAUCGGGUAACAUCCAUUUAUUAUAUUCUUCUUUUGCCUCUACUUGUUGUAAUUUUUCUUUUUCUUGCUUGCUAAAGCUUUUAGGGAGAUUUAAAUUUUCGGGGUUUGAGUUAUUUAAUACUAAUAAAGCUGCUCUUUUUGCUUCUUCAUCUGCUAGGUUAUUUCCCCUAACCAUGGCCUUUAGUCCCUUUUGGUGGCUUUUUACGUGUACUACAGCGACUUUUUCUGGCUUCCUCAAAGCUUUUAAAGUUUCUUUUAUUAAAGUAUCAUGAAUUAAUCCCUUUCUCUGUGCAUUUAUUAGUCCCUGUUCUUCCCAAAUUUUCCCGAAGGUGUGUACUAUUCCAAAGUCAGUAAAUAUUGUUCCCACCUUUCCCUCUAACUGGUGUAAGGCCCUUAAUAAAGCAUAUAAUUCACAAGCCUGGGUUGACCAUGUUUUAUCGAGAGGUCCAGAUCCUCUUACUCGAAAUGUAAUCCCAUCUAUCACAGCAUACCCUGAUUUUUGAUGUCCAUCUACGACUCUUGAUGAACCAUCUAUGUAUAAUUUUUCGCCUUCCUCCAAUUCUUCUUCCUCUAGGUCUUCCCUAAUUUUAGCCUGGAGAUCGACUACUUGCAAACAAUCAUGUACUAGUUCUCUUUCCGGUUCCCCAUAUAAGAAUUGGGCCGGAUUUUGCAAAUUCAUCAUCUCUAAUUCUAACUUAGGAUUUCUCAUUGCCAAACCCUUACUGGAUGGAGGAGAAGAUUGUGAGGAAGAAGAAGAUGCCGCAGGACACCCAGGCAGGGCUCAAAUAUCCCAGAAAACACCUCAAAAGGACUGAAAACAAGCAAAGAGAAGGGAUUUGCAUGGAAUCGGGAUCAGAGAUUUUUCCACAGGCUCCAGCAGAUCUGAUAUGAUGUCACUGCUCCAGAUCUUCCUCCUCUUACUUGGCCUUGGAAUUCUGGGAAUUCUGGGAAAUCCAGCAGUGGAAGUGCCAGGAAGGAGCCUCCUGGACGCCCUCACCAUUCCCACCUGGAAGCGAGACCAGGACCCCCCUUCCCACCUGCGCUGGGAGCCCUUCCGAGGCCGCCUGCCCCCCGACGCCGUGUCCAGCCGGAACCGCCGGACAGGCCGCCCAGAGUUCGUGUGUUCCACGACGCAGCACGGCUGCAAUUCCGGCUCCUACGACCCCCUCAGGGGCCCCUACUGCUACUUCCCGAGGCGGGGAUGGGAGGAGCGAACCCCCAGCUUCAACAUCUUGGUCAACGCCGGCGGCUUCGAGGCCUUGGACUGGGUGGACGAUUCCUUCGGCACCGUCCCGGAAAACGCCGUGGAGAGCUGCCCGUCGGUCGACGUCUUCGUGGGGCGGAGCCCGGACGGGCUGGGAAAGGUGUCCAAGGAGCACCGGGCGCUUUUCGUGGCGCUGGGAGGGGAGGAGGUUUGGUACAAGUGGUACCAAGUCCUGGUGGUCAAGACAGGCCCGUCCGACGUGUCCAUCGUGGACGUCGCCUACAACCUGAGCGCGGCCCUGGAGCUCUCCGAGGACGUGGCCUUGGCCGAGGCUCCGGUGCGGAACGGAGGGUGCCGGGCAGCCCCGGCCUCCGCCCGCUUGGAAGAGGCCUCGGAGACGGAGCACUCGUGGCGCUCGGAUCACCCCGCGCUGGCCUCGGUGCGGGGGGUGCUCUGGGCGGCCCCGCUGGUGCCCACCGGGACGGGCUGGGCCGUGGGCGAUGUCACCUCCCUGCCGUGGGUUGGGGGGGCCAGCUCGGCCCGGUUCGUGCCCCACGGGCCCCACGAGGUGCGGGAGGAGGUGCCGGCGCACUCGGAAUGCACCGCGGUGCUCCGGGGGCGCCGGCGGGACCUCCGGGUGCCGUUCACAGCCCGGCUGCACCGGGAAUUCCGGGAUGGAUUCCAGCACAGCGUGGGGGUCGCUGGGUGGGCACAAACUCGGGUGGUCAGCGGGGUCAGCGCGGGGAUUGAGCAGUGCCGGGAACUCGCCGGGGUCCCGCCGUGUCCAGCGUAGGGAGGGACCUAUGCAGGCUGGAUCCCAAAAUUCCUCCCCAAAGAUUUUUCCUGGUGUUUUUCCCCUAAAUAAUCCCGCACAAUGCAACGGCAGCAACUUGGAAUGCAGGGCAAGGCUUGGAUUUGGUGGGUUUUCCCAUAUUUUGCUUUUUGUGACAUGACCUUUAUCCCUUUCUGGAAAACUUGCAAAAACGUGGCA